ACUUACUUGACUCCCCGCUCAGGCGUCGCUGUUCCUGUAGCCUCGACGAAUGCCUCAAAAAGAGAAAAAAAAAAUCGCACUGAAGCACUUUAGCUAAGCUAGCUAGCACGCUAGCUUUUCUUCAUAUGUGAUUCCUGAGAAGAAAGGAGUAUCAGGACAGGAGCAGUAGUUCAUGGAAGACAAGAAAAGGAAAAAAGACGAAAAAAGGAAAAGGGAAGCCUCCCAGAAGGUCACAGAACAAAAAAACAAAGUGCCAGACUUGACCAAGCCGGCGUCUGCCCAGUCUCCUGCCACUCAGAGCAGCUCUGCCUCCCCCAGCCCUGGACCCACCCCCUCUGCCUCCCCAUCCCCAGCCACCUUGGGCCCUGGCAGUGCUGCCACCCCGUCACAGGGCGGCAACAAUGCCAAGCGCCUGGCGGUGGCCAACGGACAGCCCACCUCCACCAACAUUUCUUCCUCCACCGCUGGCGGCCCCAGUGCUGCUGGAAACGGCAGUACAAGUAGCGGAGGCGGAGCCCAGGCGCCUCAGCAGCAACCACGCUACAUGCCGAGAGAAGUGCCGCCGCGAUUCCGCUGCCAGCAGGACCAUAAAGUGCUACUGAAGAGGGGUCAGCCGCCACUGUCCUCCAUGCUGCUGGGAGGGGGAGGAGGAGGGGAUGGCCCCAAUGCAAACAUGGCUGCUGUCUCAGAUUCUGGUGCAGCUGCCUCCUCAUUGGCCCUCACCUCAUCAUCAGUUGCUGCUUCUACUACUACUUCUAAUUAUGCAAAUUCCAUGUGGGGGGCGAGCUCAGGCAGCCAGGCCUCCUCUCAGGGCAGGGAGAAGGUGAUUGUCGAUGGCAAUGACCUGGAGGAGUGGCCUAGCAUUGCUGGCAGUGAUGGGGGAGGAGCUUCUUUCACCGGGGCUGGAGGGGGCAGCAGCAACAACGGAAUGCCUGUGAACAGCAUCAGUGCCUCUGGCAACCAAUCCUCACCCACUUCCUCAUUCUCUUUGCCCAAUGAAUGUAUGCAGUCGUCUAAUGGUGUGGUGUGGGGGAUGGCUGCCUCCCAGGGUCAUCUUGGAGGAGGGAAUGCAGUAGCUGCAGCUGGGACUCUGCUACAACAGCCCUCCUCACUUUCCAAAGCCUCCGCUGUGCCAGGGAGCCAUGAUGCCAGUGGCCCCGUUGACGGCAGCAGUGGGAUUCCAGGUGCCAAUUUCAAUCCAAAUGCCAACCCUUCGGCCUGGCCUGCCCUGGUGCAGCAGGAUGGGCCCGCUGCUGCAGGGGAAGGAGGCCCGUCUUCCUUCCAUCACCAGGGCCCUGGAGGGUCUUUGUCUGCCAACAACUCUGCUUCCCUGGGGCUGGGAGGUGGGGCAGUCGGGGUGCUGGGGGGUCACCCACCUUUAUCUGUGAAUCAAUCAAGCACCCAUCAGCGCCAACUUCACCAAAUGCAAUCCAGAGACAGAGAGAUGGGAGGGAAGUGGGACAGCGAAUCAGCGGGACCAAAAAUCACAGGGGGGGAAGGGAUUGGGGCAGGAAUGGACCGUAGUGUGGGAGGAGGCGAGAUGAGUGUGGGAGAUCACAGCCUUGCCUCCUCAUGGAGAAGCCAGCCUUCUUACCCUGCAGCUAACUCCAAAACGGGUGCCUCAAGGACUGAUGGAUGGGAGGGUGGAGGAGGUGGCGCAGGGGGAUUCGGAGCUGCUGAAGGAGAUAAUGGAACCUCGGGUUGGGGGUAUCCGAGUUCUACUAGUGGGGUUAAUGCUUGGGGCAGUGCUGGAACUGGUGGAAACAGUAGUCAAACCUCCGGGGUAUCUCAGGGAGGGUGGGGGUCAUCAGGAGUAGGAGGAGAGAGAGGGGUUUCUGGUGGUGAUUGGGGUGGGAGCUCCACUGGUAUUGGUGGAGCUAACCCAGGAGGUGAGGGAAUGGGUGGAGCCGGCAGUAGUAACAGCAGCAGUAGUGGGGGCAGCACCGCUGGCAACCCCCCUGCCACCUCUUCCUCUUCUUCAACAGCCACAACUAUGACCAGAGCUUGGGACAAUCAGAAGGGAGAAGGUGAAACAGGGGAAUGGGGUGGGGGAGGAGAAGGACAGGGAGCACAGGGAGGAUCUUCAUCCAGUGGUGGAAAUUCCAGAAGCGGGAGCGGGCCUAACAGCAGUCACAGUCGUCCUCGCCGCCCGGCACCUAAUGCUGAAGCUGCCUUACAGAACCUUCUCAGUCGGUCUGAUCUGGACCCUCGGGUCCUGUCCAACACAGGCUGGGGCCAAACACAGAUCCGACAAAACACAACCUGGGACUUUGAAGAACGUGGAGGACAAAGUAAAGGUGGGUCAUCAUCAGCCACAUCAAAACACCCAUCUUCUCUUGGUGGUUCUUCUCAGUAUUCUGGUGGACCUAGAACCCAAAUCCCUGAUUCUAUGGGUCCUGGUGCCAGUCCUUCCCUGGUUCCUUCUGCUGGGUCCUCCGGAGAGGGAUGGGAGAGCAGCAGCAACAGUAGCAGUAGUGGGGCAUCUCUGUCUGGGCGAGCCCCACCACCUUCAGGCCCCAACAUUAGGAAUCUUGGCGUCUCACAAUCUGGGCCAGUGACCCCAACAGGACCUGGUAUGGGGUCAGGUGUUAUACCAGGACAUAGCCAGCAAGGAAAGGCUACAGGCUGGGGUGGAGGAGGGGCUGGUGCUGGGGAUGGCCAGGAGGCCAAGGGUUGGGGGAAAGAGGAAUGGCGAGACAGUAGUAGAGGUGGAAAUGGAGGAGGAGGAUGGGGUGAUCUUGGGCAACAGGGUAACCCAGUGAGUGGAGGCUGGGGAGGCGGCCAGGAGGAGAAAGGGACAGGGGGAUGGAAAGAAAUGGGAGGAAAUGGAGGAGGAAGUGGGUGGGGAUCAGGACAGAAGGUGGGAGCAGGUAGGGACUGGGGAGAACAACAGUCCAAAUCAAAUAGUGGAGGAGGAUGGGAGGAUGAGAGGAAGAAUGGAGGAAACUCAGGUGGGGAUUCAGGUGUGGGUGGUUGGGGGAGCUGGGAUGAUGGUGCUCCCAGGAGGACCUGGGGAGCAGGGGGCACAGGGGGAGGUGGGAGUGGUGGAGGGGGGGUGGGUGUUGUUGGGGGGUCUAAACCCCAGCAAAGUUGGAGUGGAGGAAACAAAAUGCACCAGAUGCCAAACAGCCAGUCGGGUUCCAUCACAGGCCCACAGGCACAACUGCAACAGCAACAAUCACAGCCCCGCAAUCAGCAUCCACAGCGACAGCAAGCGUUGGACCAAGGGGCUAUGCAAGGGGGCGGGGGGAGGAAACCCAUCUCUCAAGUCCAGAAUCAGAACCAAAGCUCAGGCUGGACCUCUGGGCCCAUCCCUGGUGGCUCCGGAGGAGGCGGAAGUGGAUCUGAACCAAGCGGCUGGGAGGAACCCUCGCCGCAGUCUAUAAGCAGGAAAAAAGAGAUAGACGAUGGGACAUCAGCAUGGGGAGACCCAACCCAUUACAACUACAAGCCGGUCAACCUGUGGGAUAAGAACAGUGCACCUGCUGGCCAACAGCCGCAUGGCCAGGCUCAGGCUCAGGCUCAGGCUCAAGCUCAAGCUCAAACUCUGGAUGACUUACAGGUCGUACCUGGAGAGAUCGAGCACACAAACAUCUUCUCAAGUGUUGUGUGUCCGUCAGGUUGGGGUGGUGCUUCUCCAACUAGUCCUACAGUAGACAAUGGCACAGCAGCUUGGGGAAAGCCUACAGACGCCCCUACUGGCUGGGGAGACCCUGAAGAUGCUGGAGGGAAGACAUCGGGCUGGGGAAACCCUUCUCCCAACCCCAUCAAAUCUGGUUCAAAGUCUAUGCAAGAUGGCUGGGGAGACAAAGAGGGAUCUGUGGCUGCUUCACGUCACUCAAGCUGGGAGGAUGAGGAGGAGGGAGGUGGCAUGUGGAACAGCGCCGGCUCCCAGGGAAGCAGCUCAUCAUGGGGACAGGGAAGCAACGGGGGCUGGGGACAGAGCCACGCUGGGAAGAAGCCCAGCAACAAGGGUCCACUGAAGGCUGGCGUUGGAGACUCUUGGAUGAGCCCCAUCAACAGACAAUUCUCUAACAUGAUACUGAACGAUGACCCCAUUGGCCCAAACAUUGACCUGGCUCCAGGUUCCCUCCAGGAGAAGAAGAUGGAUAUGGAUAAAAGGGGCAUGGGGAUGAAUGAUUACAAUGGAGAUAUGAGAAAGGGAGGAAGAGGAGGAGGAGGAGGAGGGGGGAUGGCUUAUCGUCCUCCUGUUUCCAAAGAGGCAGCACCUGGAGAUGCUGGGUCCUACUAUGACAAGACCUUGCCUUUGACCAAUCAGGAUUGGUGCCUUGGGGAGGAGGGUCCUUGCUCUCUGUACUCACCACCCACUGUCUACAAGCCCCAUUCCCUCUUCAACCACACUAUCCCCUUUAGACAAGGUGGUCACAGUAUCUUUGGCAGUGGAGGAGGGAUGGCUCAGUCAAGACACCAGCCAAGUGUCCCACCCAUAAACCAGUCCCCGGGGAUACGAGCGCAAGUGCCUCAUCAGUUCCUGUCACCUCAGGUGCCAGGCUCUGUGCUGAAGCAGAUGCCCCCUCCCAGCGGGAGCGUGGGGGGUGUUGGCGGCGUGGGAGGAGUGGCAGGAUUGGGGGGAGGUGUGUUCCCUCCUCAGCUGUCCCCCCAGCAUAUUGCCAUGCUGAGCAGCAUCUACCCACCUCACAUCCAGUUUCAGCUGGCUUGUCAGCUCCUCCUCCAACAGCAGCAGCAGCACAAACAGCAGCAACAGCAGCAGCUACUGCAAAACCAGAGGAAGUUCACACCAAACGUGCGGCAGCAGGCUGACCCUCAACAGCUGGCCAGGAUCAUGGCGGUGCUCCAACAGCAAAGGCAGCAGCAGCAGCAGCAGGUUGGGGGUUUAGGUGGCAGCUCCAAACUCUCUCCCUCCCACCAUGGUGGAGUUGGCGGAGGGGGCCCCAAACUGCCUGGGGUUGAUCCCCUGCCCCAUCCAGGCCUGGCAGGAUCUGUGGCUGACUUGCACCAUAAAAAUCUUGGACCAUACUCUGGGUUUAGUUCUGGAGUCAACCCCCCAGGUCUGGACCUAGUUGGGGGACCUGUGGGCAUGAAAGACUUAGGGGGUCAACAGUCCCGCUUCAAAUGGAUGAUGGAGGGACACUCUUCUCCAGACACCUCCUCACCUGAGAACGCAUUCCACAAAAAUGGUCCUGUCACCCCCAUGAAGAUGCCGGGGGGCUCGCCCUACUCUCAGUACGACAUGAUGGUUGAUGGGCUGGGAGACAACUGGCAUCGCACCCCUGGCAACAAGAUGGGUACCAAGCCUCCCACCACACCCAGCUGGCCCCCUGAGUUCCAGCCUGGUGUGCCGUGGAAGGGAAUCGACCGUGUCGACCCUGAAUCUGACCCCUACAUGACCCCAGGAAGCAUGAUGGGAAACGCGGUGUCCCCCAACCUCAAUGAUACUGAGCACCAGUUGUUACAAGAUAAUACUGAUUCCACCCCUCCCCUCAACACCUUGCUGCCUUCACCUGGUGCCUGGCCCUACAGUGCCUCAGACAGUCCCCUCAACAACGCACACAACUCAGCAAAGUACACAGACUACAAGACCAGCUGGCCCCCCGAGCCCAUCGGACACAAGUCCUGGAAAGCCAGCCGUGGCAGCAGCCAGUCUCAGCUGUCCCGCCCACCUCCAGGACUAGCCAGUCAAAAGCAGCCAUCACCUUCGCCUUGGACUGGAGGAGCCCCUCGAUUGGCCAGCCGGGGCUGGGGCAGUGGCUCGAGCACUACUGGCUCGACCUGGAGUGAUGGCAGUUCUCGAGAAAGCUGCUGGUUGGUGCUCAGCAACCUCACACCACAGAUUGAUGGCUCCACUCUGAGGACCAUCUGCAUGCAGCAUGGCCCUCUGCUGACCUUUCACCUUGGCCUGACCCAGGGCACCGCUCUGAUUCGCUACGGCUCCAAACAGGAGGCAGCCAAGGCCCAGAGUGCACUCCACAUGUGCGUUCUGGGUAACACUACCAUCUUGGCAGAGUUCGUGAGCGAGGACGAUGUGACUCGCUACAUUGCACAUUCCCAGGCAGGAGGAGCAGGGAGCGGAGGAACCACAGCCGGCUCUGCAGGCUCUGGGCCUACGGCAUCCUCCGCAGUUGGGGCUAACGGUAACGGUGGUAGCUGCGACAGAAGUGGAGCAGGAGGCAGCAGCGGGGGAGCAGGAGUAGAAGGAGGUUCCACAGUUGGAGGAGCAGGAAAUGGAGGAGCCGGGCAUUCCAGCUCUGGGUGGCAGAGUCUGGACAGCACAGGCAGCUCAUCGGACCAGUCUGUCACCCAGGGGCCCGGGCUGGGCAUCUUCGCCCAGUGGAGCAGCAAUGGGACUGGGGUGGGUGGGGCUGGAGGUGUGGAGGCUGGAAGGCAGGGUCUGUGGGGUGGAAUGGGUGGGAUGAGCGGGGUGGGGUACCCCAGCAGUAGCCUCUGGGGUUCCCCAGCUCUUGAGGAUCGUCACCAGAUGGGCAGCCCUGCCUCACUGCUGCCAGGGGACCUGCUGGGCGGCGGGGCGGACUCCAUCUGAGGGGCCGACUGACACACAUACACACAUAUUUUACACCCAAGUUGUAAUACAUAUGUCACACUCUGUAUUUAUUUACACGUAGAGAUGACAUUAAUUAAAGCUACACUGGUCACUCAACAAGCAUACUACACACAGGCUACAUGCAGUACAUGCACACAUUAUUUUCACACAUACACAUUAAGCCGCUUAACUUUAAAUGAAGACAACAGUAAAACUUGAACCGGGGGAAAAAGGUGAAAUCCAUUAAACUCUUAGGACUCAACUGGAUAGCUCUUUGUCUUUUUACUCCAAAUCCCACCAUCUGCAUUCAGAGACCCGAUCACUCAGGCAUGCACUGUAGACAGGCUCAGCCAGAGUCGUACAUGUCAACAAGUUUAGCUAUUGCUGUUUUUAGUGUGCCACAAAUUUUUUUUUCCUUUUGUAUUACUAUUUAAUGGUCGAAUCUCAAAAUUCAGACUUGCAGACUGAGCCCUCGUAGACCUGCCUGGCGUACUUCAGAGUUCUCAUGUUUGGAAGCUUGAGAGUGGGGAAGGAUCUGGAGUUUGUAGAAAUUUUGGGACAGCGCCACACUACUGAGUCAUAUGGACGAUCAGCAACCUUUGAGGUCUGGAAAAGGAGAGCGUUUUUAGUAGGUACCGACACCUCUACCUUGGUGGAAAUAUGCCAUCAACAUGGGACCCAGGGUAAAAAAAAAAAAUCAAAACAAAAACAACAUUAGCCAAACUUGCACUAUAUGCCUCUGGGUUUGUUGUUGAUACAUCCUCCACAAAUCCCUCCAUUUUUGAAACAGAGCUACAACACAACAACUACACAGACCUUACAGGACGACUAAGUGUUACAACAGCAGUGGCCUUGGCUAACACCCAGCGGCCGCCCGCCCGCCAUGUCAGCAGCAUCACACCUUCUCAUCAGUUACACACUGCUCUUAUAUUUGACAAGCAAAAUUGUAACUCCUUGUUGAUGUACGUUGGUUGUUUAUCUAUUUUUUUUUUUUUUUUUUUCUGUUUUAAAAGAAAAGAGAAACGUGUGAAACUUUGUGGAAAUCCAGAGAUGUCCUUUUUUUUUUUUGCCCUUCAAACACUGACCUCGCUAUUGUAUUUUUUCUUACUCGAGAAAUCAAGUUGGUUAUUAUAUAUUGUCAUGAUGUUAAUGAUGAAUAUGAUCACUUAUUUACUCGCUGUUCAAGGUGCCCUCCUGCCUGCCUGUGUGUGCAUGAAAGGAGUGAUGACAGUAUGACCGAAUGGAGGAGGAUGUGAUGAAGAUAAUAAUGAUGACGACGAUAUCGGGAGUGUCUGUGUUAUUGCUACAAUGUUGAAUGUUUCUUUCUUUCUUGUCCAUGAGAGAUUCAUGAGAAACCUUUUGUGUGGGUGUGUGUGGGUGGGUGUGUGUGUGUGUGCGAGUGUUUGUUUGGGUGUGUGUGUAUGUGUGUGUGUGUGUGUGCUUGCUUUUGAACACUUAUCUGCUCCAGUCAGGGAAGUGAAUAGAUAUUAAUCUGACAUCUUGCAUUUGAGGGAGUUUGUGUGUGUGUGUGUGUGUGGAUGUGUACACGUUUGCGUGCUUGACUGUGGAUAUUGUGAUAGCUAAAAAGUUCAAAAACAUUGGCACUAUUGCAUAUGUCUCUUAAGUUGUGUUUUUUAGCAGCAUUUUGUUCCUGUUUGUAUUUUUUUUUUUUUUUUUUCUGCCAAAUGCAAUAAGAGAAUAUUUAGUUUUUAAGACGAAGCAACCAACUGAAGGCAUUUCUAUCAAAAAUGCCAAAUCCUACCAUACCAAGCUGAGCUGGAACAGUGUUUUACAGACACGUUAAAGACAUUACCUGUUAUAUUUUACUGUUUUUUGUUUCUUUUUUGUUAUUAUGUACCAAUUUAAAUUAAGUCAGUCUUUAUUAUCACUCCUGUUCAGGAUGUUUUCGUUUAUUUCAGAUGUUACAAAAAGGAGAGGAAAUUAAUUUAAAGCGGAAAAGAACAAGAUAAUAAAGGUUGAAUUGAAGUCUGCA